GGUCGUAACCAGGUUUCUUGCACACAUAUUACCUCAGGGACCACCUCUAGCUCAUAUAUAUAUUUCUUGAAUUCUUGACCAUUAGCUAUGAGGCUUCUUGCGUUCCACUGUAGUAUGUGCAGAACCAUGAUACGGAUCUAACCCUCAUCCUGAUUUUCAUUUUCCCAAGCUCCAUUUAUAGCUAACAUUGCAUGUAUCUGAUCUGCUUUAAUAUCUUUCAUGUCUAGGAAUUUUCCAGCUGCCUCCACAAUGGCUUUGAUUCUAUCACUUUUCUUUUUUAACUGUAAUGCAACAUUUACAGUAUGGCAUAUGAAUACCACCAAAUUCACCUUUUUCACUCCUAGAACAUCAUCAUCCUCUUUACUCUUGGUGGCGCUGUGGGGUUGGAUUUGAAGAUUACUUUUUGGUGUGUUCCUGCCAUUUUGUAUUGUAAUGCUCUGCUCCAUUACACUAGGGGUCUUAUUGAUUGUUAUCGUUCCCCUUACUUUCUUUACUGCUUCUGCGUAUGAAACUUUGUUUGUAAUCUUAACCCCGCCCGCGCCCCUGAAUGACGUCAUCGCGGUAAAACGUCUGUGAAAGCGUGCGCGCCGCCCCGAGAGGAAGAGCUACACGCGUGAUGUUUGGGACAUAAUGGUGGAUAGCUAGGGACGAUACGAGUUGCUUAUCAGCUGUUGCCAUAUUUUCCAGUUGUUGUCUUGGACCCAUCGGCUCGAGAGCCGCCCGCUGCCACUUCCCGCUCGGACAGAACGACGCUCAGGACUGCAUCAAAAUGCCAAACAUCAAAAUAUUUAGCGGUAGCUCACAUCCGGACCUAUCUCAGAAAAUAGCAGACCGCCUGGGUCUGGAGCUGGGGAAGGUUGUUACCAAGAAAUUUAGCAACCAAGAAACAUGUGUGGAAAUAGGGGAGAGCGUCCGUGGGGAAGAUGUCUAUAUAGUGCAGAGUGGCUGUGGGGAGAUCAAUGACAAUUUGAUGGAGCUGCUGAUCAUGAUCAACGCCUGCAAGAUCGCCUCUGCCUCCAGGGUCACAGCUGUCAUCCCCUGCUUUCCGUAUGCCCGGCAAGACAAGAAGGACAAGGUGGGGAGCCGUGCUCCUAUCUCUGCCAAGCUGGUUGCCAACAUGCUGUCGGUGUCAGGCGCUGACCAUAUCAUCACUAUGGAUUUGCAUGCCUCACAGAUACAGGGGUUCUUUGAUAUUCCUGUGGAUAACUUGUAUGCAGAGCCAGCCGUGCUGAAAUGGAUCAAGGAGAACAUCCCUGAAUGGAAAAACUGUACCAUUGUGUCACCUGACGCCGGAGGAGCCAAGAGGGUCACCUCAAUAGCAGACAGACUGAAUGUGGAUUUUGCCCUUAUUCACAAGGAGAGGAAAAAGGCAAAUGAGGUGGACCGCAUGGUUCUCGUUGGAGACGUGACAGAUCGGGUCGCCAUUCUAGUAGAUGACAUGGCCGACACGUGUGGCACCAUCUGUCACGCUGCUGACAAGCUGAUUUCGGCUGGUGCCACCAAGGUGUAUGCCAUCCUAACCCAUGGCAUCUUCUCCGGCCCAGCUAUCUCACGCAUCAACAAUGCAUGCUUUGAAGCUGUGGUGGUCACCAAUACAAUCCCUCAGGAAGAGAAGAUGAAGCAUUGUCCCAAAAUACAGGUUAUUGACAUCUCCAUGAUUCUCGCAGAGUCCAUCCGUAGAACUCACAACGGCGAGUCUGUGUCGUACCUGUUCAGCCACGUCCCCUUGUAACAAAUGAUGGCUCCCAUCUAACUGUGUGGUGUUCCACCAAAUAAGAGAAGAGGGAAUACCUUAACCCAAACAUAGCAACAUUUUCUGUUAACUUACUAUGAAAGAAAACUGAUAUCAUGUCUGUUACUAACGCUGACCCCGUCACUCCCUUGAGCUGUUUAUCUUCAUGUCUGGCACCAAAGCAAUCGCAAGCAGCUAGGCCAGAAUAUUUAUUGUACUUGGAUGAUUAAGUGUUUAUCCACAGUGAACGUUGUCCCCUCUCUCAUAGAACUAAGGAACAGAGUUUCUUCUGACCAAUUCACUUCUCCAGAAGUCAUUUCAAUCUAGUCUAAAGAGCUUGUGGUUGUCAGGAGAAGCAUCUGCCAUAUAAAACUGUUACAGUGCUUUCUGUUACAAUGACUGAGUGUAGUUUUUAAGGUUGCUCCUGUAUCCUCUGCCGUUUGGACGAUGAUAAUUCAUGAAGUGAAUGUGUAGUGAAGUAGUUUACAGUGCCGCUGAAGCUCCACUCAACCAAGAGUGCCUCAACAGUCUGAAAUUGAAUGCAUUUUUCCUCCAGCCUUCUCCUGUCCCCUCCCUUUUUUUUUUUAGCUGUGCUUAUUUUUCUCCCCCAACGACUAACUUUUACAUCUCAUCAGGCUGUAAAGAUGUUCUGGAUGUUUGUUUUUGACUCUUGAGGUGCACUCCAUUGAGUGGGGUUUGUCCAGGGUUUACCCGUCGAGGUUCGGCGUUGAAGGUCUUUCUAUAAAGAAGCUCUCUGGUUUUUAGUUUAGGGUCUCUGCAGGCUGGAGCUCAGAAAUGUUCACCUGCUUUUAUUUUUUUUAUGUCUGGAGGAAGGAUUUUUCGAUGUGCAUAUUCAAAACCGUACUGUUUACUUUUUCAAUAAGGUGAAUUCUUGGUUGGCAUCUAAGGAUGAGUUCUUAAUAAAAUGAUUUGUAACCUUAAA